AUGCAGCCGGUGUCCGGGCUGCUCUCCUAGACGCUGAGCAGAGUCCUGUGACUCUUGGGCCUCUCUGAGCCGGGAGCUGCCCAGCAGCCACGGAUCAUGGAAGAGAAAGCGCUAGAGGUUUAUGAUUUGAUUAGAACUAUCCGGGACCCAGAAAAGCCCAAUACUUUAGAAGAACUGGAAGUGGUCUCAGAAAGUUGUGUGGAAGUUCAGGAGAUAAAUGAAGAAUAUCUGGUUAUUAUCAGGUUCACGCCAACAGUACCUCAUUGCUCUUUGGCGACUCUUAUUGUUGGAAAUCUACAUUUCUGA